GCACGGUGGUCCGAGCCAUGUGCUCCAGCAGUUCUGCGAAACUCAGCUCCCUCUCCAGCGGCCGCUCCUGGAAUCCCGCCGCGCAGCCGCAGGGCGGCGGCGAUCGGCGGCCGGCCAGCCCACAUGGUGCCCGCGGCCGCACACCCGGCGGUCGCGUGGUGGGGCCUGCUGCUCUCGUCGGCCUGGCCCGCCGGCGGCAAUAGGGUGCUGCUCUCGCUCAAUCUCGGGCCCUGCUCUCGCUCAAUCGAAGUGGUGAGUUGGGCCGCCAAAGCCAAGGGGGGAGACUUGUCGACUGCGUAG